AUGAUUAGAAAUUUAAGGAGUUAGCGAGGCAAAAAAGAAUAAUCUUUAAAAAAAGACUAGAUAAUACUGUGUAAAGAAGAAACAGAAUAUAAAAUGUAUAAAUUAUUAGAAGAUUGGAUUGUUAAUGUUGAGAAAGUUAAAGUUACAGAAUUAGUUAAGUUUGAGGGAAUUAAAAGAAAUAAGCAGUAAUACAAAUGCUAAGGACAUAAGACAUUUGAUUGCUAAAAUAAAUGGAUUUUAAUUGAAGGAGUGUCAAUCAUUAAUUCUGAUGAAACCAUAUAUGUUAUAGACUUAGAAAUAUAUUCAUAAGCAAUUCGUAGUUUAAUAAGCGAAGAGAAAGCAGUGAUUGAGAGAAACCAAAAAUAUUACGAUGAUAAUGAUGAUGACAAUGAGGAUUAGCUGCCUUAGAAAAAAUCAAAGAAAAAUAUCAAAAAAAAUGAGGAUUUUAAUGCAAGUUAAGUUGAGGACGAUGACGAAUCAAAUGAUUCAUAUUCUUCAGCCGAAGAAGAUCCAGUUCCAAAGAAAUAAAGAAUAUCAAGAAAAAAGGAAGAGAAAGAUUAAAAAAAAGGAAAAUAAAAAAGCAAAAAGUUUAGAGAAAUAUAUAAAAACCUAAAAAAAGUUUGUGCUUAAUUUGAAGGAACUGAAGAUCAUUUUAUAGAUCGUCAAAGUAUAAAAGCCAACAAUAAGGAAUUGAUUCGAGCAGCACAAACAGGAAAUAAGAAAUUAAUGGAAGAUAUAUUUGCAACAAAAUGGAAAAUAUCUUCUGUCUAAGAUAGUUGGGGACCAGAAUUAGAUAUAACACCAGAUUAAAUUUUAUUAAAAAGACAAGAUAAGGAAUUAUUAUCAUAUUAUCUAUAAAACAGAAAAAAAGUUAUUUAGGGUCAUAACCAACCUUGCACAUUAAAGGAAAUUAAUACAGGUUAUAACAAUAAAUAUGCAUAUGGUGUAAGAUUACGAAAAGUUGCUUUAGGGAGAGGAAAUAGGGAAGGAAACAAUGCAUUUGUCUAUGAUUUAGGAGAUGAAAGGAUGGAUUAUUAUUAUUAAAAAAUAUUGGAAAUUGAAACUGAUCCUUAAUUAUAUGAGUUAUAUUUCCUAUAUUGCGAAAAUCGAUCUUAUGAAAGUGAAUUAAUCGAAAAUGUUUCAAAAGCUGUUAGGUGUGGAAAUUGGAGGAGUGCUAAAUUUUUGAUUAAUUACUCUGUAGUAAAUAAUUAAGAUGGAUAUGGAUUUAAUUAUCUUCAUCAUGAUGCAUUGGGCGAUAAUUUUAGUACCUAUAAAUUGGAACAAAUUAAAAAGAUUUCAAUUACAAAAAAAACAUCCAAUGAUUUUUUAAUUACUCCUAUUCAUUGUGCUUGCAUCAAUCCAUCAGAAUAGUUUUUGAAAUAUUUUAUGGAAUAAACUAUGGAAUUCAAUUGUUAAGAUGAAAUAAACAGAAAACCUGUACACUAUGCAGCUUCAUCUUAAACUCCUAAUUGUUUAGAAUAUUUAUUGGCUAAUGGAGUUGAUGGAAGAGAGGGUGAUAAAUUUUAAAUGACACCUGUAAUGAUAGCAGCAAAAUAUGGGAGAGCACAUAAUAUCAAACUAUUACUUAAUACUAAUCUUAAGGGUAAAAAUAAAGAAGGAAAUAGUGCCAUUCAUUUGGCUAGUUAGAAUGGACAUACUGAAUGUGUUAAAAUACUCAUUGAAAAUGGUGUAUUAAUAAAUAUUGCAGGUAAAAAUAGAAUGACUCCAUUGCACUUUGCAUGUGCAUACAAUCAUAUAGAAUUGGUAGAAUAUUUGCUUGAUGAAGGUGCCAGGAUUAAUUCUAAGGAUAAGUUUGGUAGAACCCCUUUGAUUAUGGCUGCGAGAAAUGGAAAUCUAGCUAUUUUAUCUAAAUUAAUUUAUUACGGAGCAGAUGUAACUAUUAGCGAUUCAUCAAAAAAUAAUGCUAUUCAUCAUGCUGCUGCUUAUGGUUUCAUAGAAUGUAUUGAAACUCUAAUUGAAGUAAAUGUUGAUUAAAAUUAAUUUAAUUCAUGGAAAUUGACUCCUUUAAAUGUAGCAUUAGCUAAAAAUCAUUUUGGCAUUGUCAAAUCUUUACUCAAAUAGGAAAGUACAGAUGUUAAUUGCAUAGACGAUGAUGGUUUAACUUUAAUAGGUAGCAUGGUAAAGCAAUUCAACUCUACUUAAGAGCAGUAUGAAUUUAUCUAAUUCCUUAUUACAGAGAAGAAGGCUGAUAUUAAUAUCUAAGACAAAUUUGGAAAAACAUGCAUACAACAUGCCUUGCUUUGUCAAUAAUCGUAGAAAUAAGUUUAAUUAGUCAAACUGUUAUUAGAGAACGGAGCUGAUAUACACAUCAAAGAUAAGGAUGGGAGAACUUGUUUAUUGCAUAUUCUGGGUACUUAGUAAUCUCAGAUCCAAACAGAACUUGUUAAAUUAUUCUUGUAAAAAGGGGCAAAUAUUAAUUCUUAAGAAAAAGAAAAUGGUUAAUCAGGCUUCUCCCUUUGUUUAAAAUAAAAAAAUUAUUCACUGAUUUAGGAACUCUUAAAUAUUACAGAAGUUGAUGUCAAUCUAGUUAAUAAUGAUGACAAAACAUUUUUGCACAUAAUGAUUGAAAACCAAUUUUAUUAUGAUCCCUAAGCAAUCUAAAUUUUCGAGAUAAUUUUAAAUAAAAUACAAUCUUCAUUAAUCAACUCCUAUGACCAGGAUGGAUUUGUACCAUUAAUAAGAUUAGUUCAUAAUUUUGUUUAAAGUAUAUCAUCACGAAUUCAAUUUGACUUUGACUAAAAAGUUGAAAAGCGUAAAAAAGAAAUUUGGGAUUAAAUUAUCAAGGAAUAUGAAUCUAAGGAGGAAGAAUUUAAAAGUAUGAUGGAAAAUAAUCCUUCAGCUACUCCAUAUAAUACUUUAUAAAACCAAAUUUAAUAAAGAAUCAAAACAGCUAGAUAAGUUUAUCAUGUCUCAAGAUAUUAAUUCGAGAAAAUUAGUGCGUAGGUUGGAAUAACUUAGGAAGAAGUUGAGGAAUUUAAUAGAUAGAAGGUUGAUGAUGGAUAUAGACAUUAGAACAAUUUAUUUGAAAUUAUGAAGUUGUUAAUUUCUAAAGGAGCCGAUACGGCAGUGAGAGUAAUUAAGUAAAAAUGGUGCAGAGAUAAAGAAAAGGAAACCUCUCCAUUAUAAAAUAGUAAUGUAUUUCAUAUAGCGUUCUAAUUCUUCCCUAGUGUUUCCUUUGUUAAAGAGCUUUAGAAUUAUUUCCCCAAAGAUUUAAUAUAUGAACAUGAUUUAAAUGGUUAGCCAGUCCAUUAUUUCUUCUAAAAUUACAAAUUAAAUUAAGUGAUUUUGGAGAGGCAUCGUAAGGAGACUUCUGAAAUAUUUUUUGAUUACUUGAUCUCUUUAGGAUUAGACUUUACAGAAAAGAACUCAGUUGGCAAUACUCCAACUUUGAUGAUCGCUUAAAAUUAUAAUGAGUAGUAUGUUCCAUUGUUAGAAAAACUUGUAAGUUUAGGAGGCAAAAUAAAUGAUGUUAAUAAUUCAAAUAUGGUGCCAUUGCAUAAAUUUAUAUCUUAAUCCGACACAAAAUCUGUCAAGUCUUUGGUUUAGAAAUUUAAAUUGGAUCCUAAUUAUUAAGAUAAAAAUGGAAGGACAGCUUUGCAUUAUGCUACCAAUUUCAGUAAUUCAAACGCCAAUGCCAGUUUUUAGAUGGAAUAGAUCUUAAUCAAAAGUGGAGCCAAAUGCAACAUCAGAGACAUAUAUAAUAGAACUCCUUUGUUUUAUGCAUUUACCAAAUUUGAUAAUCCUAGAGGUACAAAUGAAAUAGAUCCUUUUGAAUCAGUUUCCUCCUUAUUAGCUUAUGAUGAAUGUGAAGUCAAUGCUUUGGAUAAAUAUGGAAGAUCCCCCUUACAUUAUGCUGCUUUAAGAGGCAGUGCCAUUUCAGGUAGAUAUAUGAUUAAGAUGGGGGCAAAAAUUGAUGAGCCUGACAAUUUUAAUAAUACCCCUUUGGCAUAUGCAUUCUUUGCACAUUCUAAUUUUAGUACAAUGCUUAUUGAUAAUAAAGCAAAUGUUAAUAAGCCAAUCUCUAUCAUUAGUGAUACUGAUUUCAAAGCAGGGAAAUAUCAAAUCUACUAGGAAUAAGUUAGAAACGACAGAGAAGUGGAUAGACUUAUGAAGAUAGAAGAUUAAGAAAUAAACACAAAACUGUUAAAGUUGAAACAGGAGGAGAGAAAUAAAUAAUUGGAGAAAAUCUAAUAAGAAAUGUAAUAAACCAAUAAUAAAGACGAUUAAAUUUCAGAAGAAUCUGACAAUAAUGAAUAAACUAAUAAUAAAGUUAGAGAAGAAUAGCCUAUUAUAUUUAGAAGAAGACGUAAAGAUAAAAUAAUAUAGAGAAAGAAAAUUAUUGAAUAGCUUGUUUAAGAAAAAAUAAAGGCUGAUUUAGACAUACCUUAACAUUUACAUAAUCAAUUAGAAACAGGACAAUAUAGUUAUUUCUCACGAGCUAUUAAAUUUGGUUGGCAAGGAGUAGCAUAUCUAUUAAUUAGCGAUGGAUAUGAAUUUGUCAAGGCUAUUCAAGAUGCAAUUAAUGCAAAUCAAUUUUAAUUAGUGUUAACCCUACUAAUGAAAGUGAAAAAUAUAAAAGAUGUGCAAAGAUUAGAUGAGAAAGGUUAAAAUUUAUUUCAUCUAUUUGCAAAAUAUUCAUCAAAUGUUAAUACUGAUCUCAAAUAGGAAAUUAUUGAGGAAUUUGAAGCUAAACAAAUAAGUCCAUACUUGUAGGAUAAUUAAUUAAAGACUCCCUUCCAUUAUGCAGCUGAAAAUCAAGAUUUAUAUUUGAUAAAUUACUUCCUUAUAAAAAGGAAAUGCGAUCCUAAUAUUAUGGAUUCGACUUAAAAUAAUCCAUUUACUAUUUUACUCUAAAAAAGCUAUUCUUAAAAUUUUUCUUAUUUUAUUGAUAAUGGAUUGAAAAUAGAUGUAUAGUUUCAAGUCCUCGCUAUUAGUAAAUUUAUGAAACCAUUUAUGUUUUUAGUAAAUUAUAGCAAAAUAAUAAAUGUUGACAAAUUAGAAACCUACAUCAAAUAUGGAGUUGACAUAAACGAAUAAAAUGAGGAAGGUGAAACUAUUGUAACCAUGGCAAUUCAAAAUAAUAAUAUGAAUCUAUUAAAAUUCAUCUUAGAUUAACCCACUUUUAAAAAGGAGUCUCAUGCAAUAGAUCAAAAUGGCAAAAGUCCAAUCCACCAUGUUGUCCUGCCAUUGGAAUUCGGAUCAUAUGAAAACUUAAAUAUGUUGAAAUUAUUGACUCCAAUAUUUGAUUAUAAUACGCAAGAUAAUAAAGGUUUAACACCCUUGGAUUAUGCUUUAAUUUUUGAUGCUUAAGUGAUGAAGGAUGAACUAUUAAGUCUAAAUGCUCAUCAUACUAGAAGUUUAAGAUAGUAGAGGAUGCCAACCUCAAUAAUAUCAACUGCUUUGUGGCCAGAUUAGGCAUUAGAUUUUGAAGAGGAUGCACAUUAAUACCAAGGACUAAUGAACAUGCAACUAGAACCUGAAAUUGAUAAUAAAUAGAUUGUUGACAAAUCAGCUAGCAUUACAAAAGGAGAUCUAAUUGUUUAUGAAGAUCCAGAAUAUGGACUAUUCUAAUGUUUAAUGUCAAAAGUUGAUAUAGUGAAUAAUAAUUUCCAUAAAAAUGUAUUCUACAAAAUGCAGAUUCUUUUGGAUAAAAAUAGGAAUAAUUACAUUUUAUUUACCAAAUGGGGUUAGAUUGGAGAAGAAGGUCAGUUUUAAAUGACUCCUUUUGAAAAUUUAGAGGUUACAAUUAAAGAAUACUGUAAGAUUUUCUCAGCAAAAACAGGGGGAAAUAAUUGGAAAUUAAUUAAAAGAGGUGAACAAGAGUUUGAGAAGAAACCAGGAAAAUAUCAAUUGAUGCAAUUUAGCAACAAUGUCAGUUAUAAGACAUUCUUAAAGCCAUUUGAUUUAAGCGACAAAUCUCCAUAUCCUAAGUGUUAAUUACAUUAGAGUAUUUAAUCUGUGAUUGAACAAUUUGCACAGGUUAAAUUGUAUUAGCAAGAACUAUAAAAUUAUCAAUUUGACACAAGCUUUGUUCCGUUGGAAAAACUAAAUAAAAAUGUAAUUUUAAAAGCCAAAGAAUAUUUAUUGGAACUUAAGGAUAUUGUAAAAGAACUUGCUGAGUAUAUGUAAUUAGCAGACAAAGAUCUAAAGAAAUUGUAAUCAUUUUACUCUGAGAUCAACGAAAAAUCAGCUCGAUAUUAUGAACUUAUACCCUAAACUUAAAUGAGAUAAAAUGUGCUACCUUUACUGGAAAGCGAUAAUAAAAUUAAUUAAUAAUUAUAAUUAGUUGAGGUACUCCUCAAUGUUGAACUCUCAGUUAAAAUACUACUAGGAGCUAAUUUCAAAGCAGAUAGCCUUCACCCAUUAACAUAUUGUUUUAAUGCAUUGAAUAUUAAAAUGCUUACAUUAACAAAGGAAGAUUUAGAAUAUAAGAUGAUAAAGACAUAUAUGGGUAAAACUUAAACUGUAAAAAUCUCAAACAUUUUUGCUAUUGAAAGGAAAGGAGAGGCAAAGAAAUUUGAGCAAUUUAACAAUGGGCCGAGAAUGUUGCUAUGGCACGGCUCAAAAAUAUCAAAUUUCAUUAGUUUGAUGGCACUUGGAUUGAAAAUUGCUCCUGCAUGGGCUGUAAAUACCGGAGCCUUAUAUGGAAAAGGAAUCUACUUUGCAGAUCAAUUUUCCAAGAGCUAUAACUAUACUACUGAUUCUACAAUUAGAUAGGGCUAUAAUAAUUAGAGAUCUCAAUAAUAUCAAAAUCUUCAUAAAUACAGAUAUUUAUUAUUAUGUGAAGUGAGUUGUAUGAAUCAAGUGGAUCUUUAUAAUUAUCACCAAUAGGAUAUCAGUACCUACUUUAAACCUGAAAUAACUUUAAGGGUAGUAGGAUCCUAAGGUCCAGAUUCCAUGUCAUAAAUUAAAUUACCAAACGGAUGUGUUGUCCCAAUCGGUAAUCUCGUUUCUUAACCUUUUCCUGAUCAUCUAAAAGAAAAAUUAGGACAUUAAAAUGGGUUCAAGACUGCAUAAACUGAAUACAUAAUUUAUGACGAAAGCAGAGUGAGAAUUAGAUAUUUAGUCUAAAUUGAACAGUGA